AUGUCGAAAACACUUGUUUAUCAAACAAAUAAAGAGUUUGAUAAAUGUGCUGAACUCUUACGAAGUAUCGUCAACGCACAAAAAUCACGUCGAGAUUCUUCAUCACCAAUUGUUCAUAAAGACAGCCGAAAAGAAAAGCAAAAUUCGUCGACAAAUAGGCAACUAAAAAAACAGAGUAGUAAAAUAACGAUUACGAAAACGUCUUUCAUUAAAACAAAUAAGCAUAAUGGAACAAACAAGCAUGAACGACGAUCAUUCUAUUCACCGCAAAGACCUUCCCAUUCGACAGUCGAGAUGUUGUGCGACUCCGGCUUAUCGAAAAAUCGCCUCAGUCCAAAUAAAUCUCGUAAGCAGCCCUCUCCAUGUCAAACGACUCGACAACAUUUAAUAUCAUCAUUACCGACAAAUAAAAUCUCGGCAAAAUCAUGUUCGCGUAGUUCAAUUAAAGACGAAUUCAUCCGUAGUUCAUCGUGUAGUGAUCUUGGCUCAUUAAAAUCUAAUCUCAUGCAGAAAGAACAGACGCGUUCCGUUCUUGAACAUUUCCUCACUUCUCUGUCACGAAUACGAAUCAUUUCUAAACAAAUUCGAUCGCAUCAUAACGAUAAGGAAAGUCUUUUCCUUUGGAAUGAGCUUGAAAAUUGUCUUUCAGUAGCGAUGUCCUAUGCAAAAAAUGAUAUUCAAUUUCAAUUAUCUUUAGUUCCAUUACGAAGCGAAAUACUCGAACUUCGAAGACAAUUACAAACAACAAAUAGUCAUCUCUAUAAAUAUAAUCUAAUCCGUCGAAGUGACGAUCGAUAUGUGGAUUUACAGAAGAAAUUCGAUACAAAUCAAACUCAAUGUCGACAAUUAUCGUUGCAUAAUGAACAAUUGAAAAGUAAAUGUCAGAAUUUACAAGACAAAUUCGAUCAUUUACAACGAAAUCAUGUACAACUCAUUCAACGAAUAACUCAACAAAACAUUCGAUCAGUCGCACAACGAACAGAAUGGAUUUCAACGGACAAUCAUUUUCUCCUACGUGAAGAAAUUAUCUUUCUGAAAGAAAAGUUAUAUCAUGUUUACGAUGAUCUGGCAACAGUAUUCAACCAAAAUCAUCAAUUAGAAUCGAAUAUAAAACAACAGAAAAAGCAAUUGUCACAUUAUGAACAACAGUUCAAAAAUUUAAAACAAUCAGCUCAAUGUCUUUUACAUGAUGUAAAUAAUCGAUCAGUUGAAGAUAAAACGAGACAAUUUUUGAGUAAUAUUCUCCAUGAUCAACAUGAAGCAAAAAUAUCUCCAAGUACUGUACAUCAAAUUCAUGUAACUCCAUUAAAACCUGUAAAUUCGUCUCCGUUGUAUUUUACAUCUCCUCAAAAACCCAAUGUGAUUUUCACAUCAUCUCAACAACCAAUAGCAGCACAUCGUACACACGUAUCUCCAACGAAAACAACGAAUAGAUUUCGACCGAAAUCGCUUUUUGUGACUCCAACAAUUCUGAAUGAUUCAAAUGUUUUGUCGAAAUUUCGAGAUCAUCGAGAUCCAACUGUUGAUAUCACUCAAUAUUCGUCAUCAACAAUUGAUGAUGCUGAUUCGACUUUAACAUCGUCAUCGUCGUCAAUCUCUCUAUGUUAUCCACAACGAAAACGGAAGAACUUGUACAACAGUUUACCAACUUUGACUCAGUCAUCCAGUAUUAACUGUCCGAAAACAGCAAAAUAUCGUGAAAAUUAUAAUAAUGAAAGCGAUCCAGAAUUAGAUGAAAUAUCGAAUUUAACUUCAAAGUUGUUCAGUUCAGAAGAUCACGUGGAUAUUCCUAUUCGAGAUGUGAAUAUUUCCACAAGUUCGUCAUCAACACCGUCAACUAGGUUAUCUGAUGCUGAGAGACGUAUUCUUAUCUAA